UUAGCGGGCAAGGGGACUGGGUGACCCAGUCUACUGCUACACAUACAAAGGUACACACACUCCUCUGGACCAUAAUACUGCUUCAUCUGCUGCCUGGUGUCCUGAUGACUGAAGUAAGUUAUGGAAACUUUAGACGAUACUACAGGAAUUGUGUUUGUUCCUUCUUUAUAAUUCAUACUUUUCUAUUCAGAUUUCCAGACAGAUCUUUGACUAAUGAAACUGAGAAUGAAUGCGGUUUGUCUGUGGCCUAAUCAGAAAACUGCUUGGUGAGUAGAGAAGUGGCAGCCAGAGGCGAUCUUGUGUCAAUCAGAGGUGCCAGAGGCCAGAAUGGGCCUGAGAAGUCCUGACCCACUGGUAAGAGAGGCUUUUCUCAUGGCCUAUGAUUAUAUAGACUAUGUUACCAAAGGGGGGGCUGACAGGACCAUGGGUCCUGCCCCUACGGCCUGCACCGCAGCCCUGCGACAUGCUGGAGAUGAGCUCCUUACUCGCUUCCCCAUCUUCUUCAGGCGCUGGCCUCGGGUCUUCCAGGAUGUGACGGCGAACACGGCAUGCCCCAUGCUAAUUAGCAUCCUGGACGAGCACUUCUUCCCCCCUGUCCCCAGGGGGCGGCGCAGGGACCUGGCUUGGAGUGCUGUGCUGUCAGUCUAUGUGCUGGCUGGACAGAUGGCUCUGCACUGCAAUGACAGAGGCAUGGAGAUAGUCCUACCCCAGCUGAAAGAGUGUGUGGGAGCCUAUGUAGAGAGGGUAAUCUGCCCUGAAAUACGAGAUAAGGGAGGAUGGAGCGGUUUUGUGUCACGCUUUGGAGAAAAGGAGAACUUGGAGGGUCAGGUGAAGAAAGUGUGUUGUUGGACACUGCUGGCACUGGCUAUAUCCAUCCUCACCUACUUGUUCUGGAAGAAAAUUUAGCAAACACUGCCGCCCUGUGGCCACAGAGUACUCCUCUGCAGCAGCACUGCCAUUUAUAAUUGACCAGCAUAAACCAUUACACAUUACCAGUUUAGAUACCUAGUCAUUCAGUCUAAUUAUACAUUCUGUAAAUUGUAUUAAAUGAUAAACUGCUAAGUUAUUCAUUUGAUUAUGAGUAUGCCUGAACUCAGUGUGCAUUGAUUUAAGAUGAAAGACAGCAGCCAAAGAAGCUGUUUAAGACAUUAAUUCAUUCUCUUUAUCUGCCAUCCAAGACCCAUUUAGAUUUAAAAUGGGUAAAUGCUCAGAAUUUGCGAUACCAACUUCACCUUCAUUUACAGUGUAGUGCAUCUCUUAUUUAACCCAUGUGCCUGUAUUAUACUGUAAAUAAAAGUAAAAUUUAAACA